AUGACAAAGCCACUGGCUCAGAUCAAAAGCAUCAGAAUCAAUGGUUUUAUACAGAGAGGUGAUAUUAUUAUUGGUGGGAUCUUCCCAAUUCACAGUAGAAAGACCUAUCUGGACAUUUCUUUCUCAGAACAACCUGAUGUCCUGCACUGUGAAACAUUUGAAUUUAGCUUCUUUGAAAGGUUCUUGGCUAUGUUGUUUGGAAUCGAGGAGAUCCAAAGAAACCAAAAUAUCCUUCCAAAUAUUACACUUGGAUUUAGAGUUUUUGACUCCUGUACAACUGUUUCUGGAGCUCUUGAGGGUACAUUGAGAUUACUUAGUGGGCAUGAAACAGCUGUUCCCAACUACUUCUGUGAUAUGUCUUCUUCAGUCAAAGUUAUCAUUGGAGAUGCAUUCUCACUGACAUCAGUACCAAUGGCAAAGCUCCUUGGAGUCUACAGAUAUCCACAGAUCAGUUACUCAGCAUCUGUUAUGGUACUGAGUGAUAAAAAUCAGUUUCCGUCAUUCCUCCGAACCAUCCCAAGUGACCUUUUUCAGUCUGUCGGUUUAGCUCAUCUAAUGCUGUAUUUUGGUUGGACUUGGGUCGGAUUAUUAACUGACAGCAGUGACUAUGGUCAGCAAGGAAGCCAAGUAAUGAAAGAGGAACUUAUUAAAGCUGGUGCCUGCAUCGCAUUCUCUAAAACAAUGCCCACUGUGUACAUAGAUAAUAAAAUUCAAUACUUAACAGAAAUGAUUCAAAAGUCUUCCACAAAUGUGAUUGCUAUUUAUGCUGUUGACUUCAACAUACAUCCCAUUAUGGAAGAACUUGUUAGGAAUAAUGUGACUGGGAAAGUCUGGAUUGCCAGUGAUGCUUGGACAGAUUCUCCCUUGUUUGUUAAUAAAAAAUAUUUUAAAACAUUUCAAGGGACCCUUGGUUUCAUGAUGCGGAGAGGAGAAAUGUCAGGUUUUAUGGAGUUUAUCCAUAGACUUUAUCCUUUUAGGGAUCCAGAAAAUAUUUUUCUAAAGAUGUUUUGGGAAACUGUGUUUGACUGCAAAUUGCAUUUUCCAGAAACAAAUGAAACAAUAACAAAACAAAUCAAACAACCCCAAAUCUGUACUGGAGAUGAGAGACUACAAUCAACCAGUAUGAACUUUUUUAAUCUUGAACACUUGAGAUUUACUUAUAAUGUGUAUAAUGCCAUCUAUGCAGUUGUGCAUGCUUUACACAACCUGACAGUCUGCAAAACUGGAGAAGGACCAUUUAUCAAUAACACAUGUACAACAAUUAAUGAUUUUAAGCCAUGGCAGAUUCCCCAGUCUCGGUGCAGUGAUAGUUGUCCAGCAGGGUACAGAAAGGCAACUCAACCAGGCCAACCAAUCUGCUGUUUCAUUUGUAUCAUGUGCUCCCAAGGAGAAAUUUCUAAUCAGAGUGAUUCUACUUUUUGUCUGAAGUGCCCCAGUGAUCAGUGGCCCAAUGUGAAACAAGACAAGUGCGUUAUGAAACAGCUGGAAUACCUUUCUUAUACAGAGCCCCUUGGGGGAACUUUAACCAUAGUUCCCAUAUUCAUGGCUCUGACUGCUAUAAAUGCCUUUGCUAUCUUUGUGAAGUCCCAUAACACUCCUGUUGUCAAAGCAAACAACCGUGAACUCAGCUAUGUUCUUCUCAUAAGCCUUGUACUGUGCUUCCUCUGCUCUCUCAUCUUCAUUGGACAACCCACCAACUUGACCUGCAUGUUGCGCCAAGUUAUUUUUAGCAUUACUUUUACAUUUUCUGUUUCCUGUGUUUUAGCCAAAACUGUUGUGGUGGUCAUUGCCUUUAAUGCUAGCAAACCAAACAGCAGUUUGAAAAAUUAUGCUGGCCCCAGGCUGCCAAAAUCUUUAGUUACACUGUGUAUACUUAUCCAAGUUAUAAUAUGUACCAAUUGGUUAAUUAUCUGCCCUCCAUUCCAGGAUAAAAACACAACUUCUGUAACAGGGAAGAUCAUUAUAGAAUGCAAUGAAGGUUCAUCUACAGCAUUUUGGUGUAUGCUGUCUUAUAUGGGCUUAUUAGCCACAAUAAGCCUUGCAGUAGCAUUUCUGUCUAGGAACCUCCCAGAUAGCUUUAAUGAGGCUAAAUACAUCACAUUCAGUAUGCUGAUUUUUGUCUCUGUAUGGAUGUCAUUCAUCCCAGCCUACCUGAGCACUCGGGGGAAGUACAUGGUUGCUGUGGAAGUGUUUGCCAUUCUGUCCUCAGGUGCUGCUUUGCUUGUUUGUAUAUUUAUUCCUAAAUGUUACAUUAUCCUUCUCAGGCCUGAGAUGAACACCAGAGAUUACUUAAUGGGAAGAGGGAGGAAGUUGUCAAAAAUAUUCUAUGUAAAGAAAACCAGAAUGGGAAGGACAAAGCCUGGCUCUCCAGUACAGAAGGAUGGAGCCCUAACUGAACCACAGAACUCGGUGUUCUCAGAAGCAGAGACUGCUGCAAUUAUUGAUGCCCUCAGAAUCCAUCACUGGGUACUGUUGGGAAGGAACUGCCAAACCCUGCAACAACUGGUAGCAACAGUCAACAAUGUGGGCCUUCGGGACAAGAGCUAUGAACAGGUCCGACACUGUGCCACAGUCCUCAUCCACAAUGCACGUCAAGGGGCUGCAGCUGUGGCCAGAGACCAUGCUGGCACAGAUGGAGGACCUGCUACUCAAGCACCACUCUCAGCCACUGAGGAGUUCCUCACAAACCUUGGUUCUGCCACCGCCUACCAGGAAGCCAUCACUACAUUUUUCGUGGAGGUGGAUGGCACAGAUUCCACAGCCGAGGAGCAUCCAGAUAAGGCCCCAGUGGGCAUCACGUUAAUACUGUAA